UGUCAUUAACUUGCACGUGCAAAUAUUUAUUAAUAAAUAAUUAAUACAUUUGUUUUUGGGUGAAAGGCAUCUUUACACACGGUUACAUAUAUAAUAUAUUGGCCAAAUAAUGUUCUGAACUCGGUUUAAUUCCAAUCAAACCGGUUCAGGUUAAACCGGUUAGGACCGGUUUGGGUAUUUGUUUCAUUGUUUGCGUGCUUCUCGGGGAAACGAAGCGGUUGUUAUCAGGGGCCGCCGGAGAAACGACGGACGACGACGACGACGACGGUGGGCGGCCAUGGGGAUCGGAGAAGUAGAGGCGGCGAAGAAUCGAUGUAAGUCGGUGAUAAGGAAGAUAAAGAAGUUGCCGUCGACCACCGCCUCGUGCCACCGCACUCUCCUCAAGCUCGCCUGCUCCGAGCUCUCCUUCCUCGCCUCGCUCGCGAAUGAUCUCUCUCCACAGCCUCUCAGCAGUGUCAACAUCGGUCAUCUUGAAUCAGUCGUCCGCAUCCUGCAAUUGCCGUCGGUGACUGGCGUUUCGCGCGUCUGCAAGCCGCUUCCUCUAAUUGGUGGUCGGGUUCAUGUCGACAUCGUCUGCACUCUCGCGAAAGCUCCAGUUUGGAUCCUCGUGUCCGACAGAAAUCCUAGGUACAUCUCCUGGAGCGUGAGCCGCCAUGGAGGCAGAGGUUUGAGGUUGAGAAUCGAGAAGGUGCUCGCCGCAGCUCGGUCUGCAACCACGCUUAGACCUUCUUCGAUAAUCCUGUUCUUCGCAAAUGGUUUGCCUGCUUUUGUUUACGAUAAACUGAAACGUGAGUUUGGAGCUUUGGAUUUCAACUUUGGCUUGGAUUUAUCUAUGAUUGAUUUCGAUUACGAUGAAGAGUUAGAAGUAGGUUGGGUUAAUGUGGUUCAAACCAGAUCGUACGGAGAAGCAAUAACAGUUGAGAUCAAGCUUACGGAUUCAUGUGAUUCACUUGCUUUUUCUCAACCAAGCUCUGUAAUUCAACCAGAGGUCACAGAACUGAGCCAAAGAGAUGCUUUUUCUUAUGUCCUCUCCUCCAUGAGAUUGCAUGGCCACGUCCAAAGUGAAGAUUGCCGUGUGAAUUUUGACACAACUGCUCUGGUUGCUCUUGUAUCUGGAAUCAGUAAUGGUUGUGCAGAGAGAAUCUUGAAUACACCCCAGAGCGAAUUGGAGAUACGGUUCAAGGGAAAUACCAAGUUUGUGAUUGCUCAGGCGAGAUCUGAACUUCAGGACUCAGUGCUUGCAGAAAUGGGUGUUGUAUUGGCAGGGAAGAGAGGAAUGGUAUGCCAAAGUGUUGUUUCAGAGUUCAAGGAGCUAGUAUCCAUGUACGGUGGACCCAACGAGAAAUGCAGAGCCGAGCAGUUGUUGAAAUGCCUCAUGGUAGUGAGUGACAAUCCUUCAGAGCGCAUGAAGGCACUCCCGACGACGAGGAAGCUGGCAAUGAAGAACAAAAUCGUUUUUGGGACAGGUGACAGCUGGCGUACAACGACAUUGACUGCCAAUGCGGCGUUUGCAAGAGCUGUGGCUCAGACAGGGAUGUCUUUGCCCACCAUUGACCACAGCCCUCGGGCCCUCACAGGUGAUUAGCCAAUGUCCCUUCAGACCAUGGUCUUGUGCUCUCUAAGAAC